UGGUUAUAUGUCAGUGGGGUUAUGUUCUGUGGCACAGAAUCUGUGCUGGGUUGCUUUCAAAACAAACAAAUUUUUGUGAAAGAAAAUAAUACAUUUUUCUAUGGAAAACUUUAAUCCUGAUUCCUUAGAAACGAUAUGUAGGGUAUGCUUGAAGGAUAAAGGUCAAACAUAUUCAAUGCACUCGAGAAUUUCUAUGCCAGGUUCAGGUUUUAUUAGUGUGCCUGAAAUAUUUGAGAAGUUGGCUUUUGAAGAGUUUGAAACGAAUAUGUUAAUAUGUUCAGUUUGUACCAAAUUGAUUAUAUCAGCAUAUACAUUGAAAUUAAAUUAUGAUAAUGCUACAGCUGUAUUAAAAAAUUACCACAAUAAUAAACAAGAAUAUGAAAUUUUAAUGAUAAAAACUGAAGAACAACCCAACAACAGUUUUAUAAAUGAAAAUACUAAAGUAAAUGAUACUCUUGAUGAUAUCAAAGAACCAUUUAUUUUUGUAAACACUGAAACUCCAGUUGAUGAGCACAAAAAAGAAAGGAAAAAAAAGAAAAAAGCAACACAGCAGGAUAUUUCUCAAAGUGAUCCAAUUUUACACCCCUGUCCGAUAUGUCCUGCAGAAUUAUCAGCUGAAGACCUUAGAAAACAUGCUCACACUCACAAAACCUUAAAAAAAUAUUUAAACGUUAAAAAUCGAGUCCCAGAAACAAUACAAUUUUACGGCAAAAGAAAAGUGGGUAAAUUAAAUGUAUCCACACACGAAUGUACAUAUUGUGCCGAAACGUUCUCCGCUAAAGAUCUGAGAAUACACCUCUUAAAGCAUAGAAACGUGCAGGAAUAUAAAUGUGAUAAAUGUAGUAGAGUAUUCAAAAAAAUCAACCACUUAAACGUGCACAGGAUUUCUCAUUUCAAAGAGUUCCCGUAUAAUUGUGAGGUUUGCAGGAAGGGGUUUGUUAGUAAAAAAAACUACGAGUUCCACAUGUUGACGCAUUCGGAUGUGGAACUGCCGUUCGAAUGCGGUGAUUGUUCCAAGCGGUUCUACAAUCCCGAACACUUGAACAGACAUCGAUUGAUACACAUAGAGAAUGUGAGGUAUUCCAUGAAAUACAAAGUCUGCAAGUGCCGGCUUUGCCUGGUGUCUUUCAAGGACAAGGAGUCUCGCGAUAAUCACGUGUGCACCCCCGUGACGCCCAAAGUAAACAAAUACUUUUGCAAAACGUGCGAGCGCGGUUUCAAGUACAACUCGGAGCUGAACAACCACGUCAAACACACGCACGAAAUGGUGAAAAGUCUGUGCCAGGUUUGCGGCGAGCACGUCUCCAACAUAUACAGCCACAUGGUGAAGCAUUCCAGCGAGAAGCCGCACGCGUGCGAUCAGUGCGAGAAGCAGUUUCACACGAAAAGGCAGCUGAAGCAGCAUCAACUCGUUCACUCCGGCUUGAAACCGUUCGUUUGCAGCGUGUGCGCCAAAGCGUUUAAUAACAUUUACAACUUGCAAGUGCACGAAAGGAUCCACAAAGGCGACAGGUGUCAUGUGUGUUCGAUUUGCGGGAAAGGCUUUUUGGAGAAGUCCUAUUUGAAAAAACACAUGAAUACUCACUGAGCUAUAAUGGAUGUUUAUUGUGAUAGUAUUAUUUAAAAAGAACCUGUGAUACACUUGGAGAAAAAGCAGUACAGUCAGUCGCGCUAUUUAUGAACCUUGACUGAUUCGAAACGAAUGUAAGCAACCCAGAUUACACCUGGGUGUAAUACGGUUGCGUUAUGAGUUUUUACUCCCUAGUAGCA